UCUCGCUCGCGCGCGCUCCCUCUCGCCGCCUGUGGGGAAGUCGGGGCCGCCCGAGCGGCUGCCGCCACCGCCUCGCCCCGACCUCCUCCCCGGUCCCUUCCCGGCUCAGUCUUUCCCUCCCGCGCACCCCCGAGUAGUGAGUGGUCCCGCGUAAGGUCCGGAGAGUCACCGCGGCGGCCCGGGUGGUGUUUAAACCAUGUUUAGGAGGAUUUUGCAGAGGACUCCUGGGAGAGUUGGCUCUCAAGGUUCUGAUUUAGAUUCAUCAGCUGCUCCUAUAAACACAGUGGAUGUCAAUAAUGAAAGCUCUUCAGAGGGUUUCAUAUGUCCUCAGUGUAUGAAAUCCCUUGGAUCUGCUGAUGAACUUUUCAAACACUAUGAGGUAGUUCAUGAUGCUGGUAAUGAUUCAAGUCAUGGAGGAGAGGCCCUUGCCCUGAAGCGAGAUGAUUUAACACUACUUAGACAAGAGGUCCAAGACCUUCAGGCUUCACUUAAGGAAGAAAAAUGGUACUCAGAAGAAUUGAAGAAAGAAUUAGAAAAAUUUCAAGGGCUUCAGCAACAAGAGUCUAAACCUGAUGGAUUGGUGGCUGAUUCAUCAGCAGAACUGCAGUCUUUGGAACAGCAAUUAGAAGAAGCCCAAACAGAAAAUUUUAAUAUUAAGCAAAUGAAAGACUUAUUUGAACAGAAAGCAGCCCAACUUGCCACUGAGAUUGCAGAUAUAAAGUCAAAAUAUGAUGAAGAAAGAAGUCUUCGAGAAGCUGCUGAACAAAAAGUGACAUAUCUGACAGAAGAAUUAAACAAAGAAACAACUAUAAUUCAAGAUCUGAAGACUGAACUGCUUCAGAGACCUGGUAUAGAAGAUGUUGCUGUGCUAAAGAAAGAAUUGGUCCAAGUUCAAACACUAAUGGACAACAUGACAUUGGAGCGUGAAAAAGAAUCUGAAAAACUCAAAGAUGAGUGCAAAAAGUUACAAGCAGAAUAUGCUUACUCAGAGGCCACAAUAAGCCAACUAAGGAGUGAACUUGCCAAAGGCCCUCAGGAAGUUGCUGUAUAUGUGCAGGAACUCCAAAAACUUAAAAGUUCACUUAAUGAAUUAACACAAAAGAAUCAGAACUUGACUGAAAAGCUUCAUAAGAAAGAACUGGAGUGUACUCAAUUAGAGGAGAAACAUAAUGAAGAAUGUGUGAGUAAAAAGAAUAUACAAGCAAGCCUUCAUCAAAAAGACCUCGAUUGUCAACAGCUUCAGUCAAGAUUAUCUGCAUCUGAAACCUCGCUGCAGAGAAUACAGGCAGAGCUAGGUGAAAAGGGUGAGGCUACACAGAAGCUCAAGGAAGAAUUAUCAGAAGUAGAGACCAAGUACCAGCAUCUGAAGGCUGAAUUUAAACAGCUACAGCAGCAGAGAGAAGAAAAAGAGCAGCACGGGUUACAACUCCAAAGUGAAAUUAAUCAAUUACAUAGCAAACUUCUGGAGACAGAGCGCCAACUAGGUGAAGCUCAUGGUAGGCUGAAGGAGCAGAGACAGCUUUCAAGUGAAAAGUUGAUGGAUAAAGAACAACAAGUGGCUGAUCUACAACUCAAACUUUCUCGUUUAGAGGAACAGUUGAAGGAAAAAGUAACAAAUUCUACAGAAUUGCAACAUCAAUUAGAUAAAACAAAGCAACAGCAUCAAGAACAACAAGCUCUCCAGCAAAGCACUACAGCAAAACUUCGAGAAGCCCAGAAUGAUUUAGAACAAGUAUUACGUCAAAUUGGCGAUAAGGACCAAAAGAUCCAGAACCUUGAAGCCUUAUUACAGAAGAGUAAAGAAAAUAUUUCCUUACUAGAAAAAGAAAGAGAAGAUCUUUAUGCAAAAAUUCAGGCUGGUGAAGGAGAGACUGCUGUUCUUAACCAGUUACAAGAAAAAAACCAUACCUUACAGGAACAAGUAACUCAACUAACAGAGAAGCUGAAGAAUCAGUCAGAAAGCCAUAAACAAGCCCAGGAGAAUUUGCAUGACCAAGUGCAAGAGCAGAAGGCACAUCUUAGAGCUGCACAAGACCGUGUCCUUUCCUUAGAAACUAGUGUCAAUGAACUAAAUAGUCAAUUAAAUGAGAGCAAGGAGAAGGUCUCCCAGCUUGACAUACAGAUUAAAGCCAAAACUGAAUUAUUGCUAUCAGCAGAAGCAGCAAAAACUGCUCAAAGAGCAGAUCUUCAGAAUCAUUUGGACACAGCCCAAAAUGCAUUACAAGAUAAACAGCAGGAAUUAAAUAAGAUCACUACUCAGUUGGAUCAGGUCACUGCAAAGUUACAGGAUAAGCAAGAACACUGCAGUCAGUUGGAAAGUCAUCUUAAAGAAUAUAAAGACAAACACCUUUCUUUAGAACAAAAAACUGAAGAAUUAGAAGGUCAAAUUAAGAAACUAGAAGCUGAUGCUCUUGAAGUUAAAGGAAGCAAGGAGCAGGCUUUGCGGGACCUGCACUUGCAGAGACAGCUGAAUACAGAUUUAGAGCUUAGAGCCACAGAACUGAGGAAGCAACUUGAAAUGGAGAAAGAAAUAGUAUCCAGUACAAAGUUGGAACUACAGAAAAAAUCUGAAACUCUUGAAAAUAUGAAGCAAGUGCUUACUAAGCAAGAGGAAGAAAAAAAAAUCCUUAAACAAGAAAUUGAAAAUUUAAGUCAAGAUGCAAAGAUGCAGCACAAGGAAUUGAAUAACAAAGUUCAAACAGCAGCAGCAGAACUACAAAAACUGAAGAUGGAGAAAGAAACCCUAAGGACAGAGCUUUCUGCAGCCAAAGAGAAUUUAUCAAAAGUUUCUGAUUCUUUGAAGAACUCCAAAAGUGAAUUUGAAAAGGAAAAUCAGAAAGGAAAAGCUGCUAUAUUAAAUUUGGAAAAAUCUUGCAAAGAAUUAAAGCAUCAGCUUCAAAUACAGACGGAAAAUGCACUUAAGGAACAGAAUGAACUGAAAAAGUCACUUGAAAAAGAGAAGCAGACUUCUCAUCAGUUGAAGUUGGAACUCAGUUCAGUGCAGGGACAAGUUGCACAGGCCCAGAAUACUUUAAAACAAAAGGAAAAAGAAGAAGAGCAACUUCAGGGGAACAUAAAUGAGUUAAAGCAAUUAACUGAACAGAAGAAAAAGCAAAUUGAAGCACUCCAAGGAGACAUUAAAACUGCUGUUUCACAGAAGACAGAGCUGGAGAAUAAAUUACAGCAGCAGUCAACACAAGCAGCCCAGGAACUUGCAGCAGAGAAAGAGAAAAUGUCAGUGUUACAAAAUACCUAUGAAAAAAGUCAGGAAAAUCUAAAACAGCUUCAAUCUGAUUUCUAUGGGAAGGAAUCUGAACUUCUUGCCACAAGGCAAGAUCUUAAGUCUGUAGAAGAGAAGCUUUCUCUAGCACAGGAGGACUUGAUUUCAAACAGAAAUCAAAUUGGAAACCAAAAUAAAUUAAUUCAGGAACUAAAGAGUGCCACGGCUACCCUGGAGCAGGAUUUGGCAAAGAAAGAGCAGCAGUUGAAGGAGCAGUGUAAAACACUACAGGAUAUUCAGAAAGAAAAGUCACUGAAAGAAAAAGAACUAGUAAAUGAAAAAUCUAAAUUGGCAGAGAUAGAGGAAAUUAAGUGUAGACAGGAAAAAGAAAUUGCUAAAUUGAGUGAAGAAUUCAAGUCCCACAAGCAAGAAAGCAUAAAGGAGGUAACAAAUCUCAAGGAUGCCAAACAGCUUUUGAUUCAGCAGAAACUAGAGCUUCAAGGGAAAGUAGAUUCCCUGAAGGCAGCCCUUGAACAGGAGAAGAGGAACCAGCAAAUGCUAAAAGAGCAGGUGAAAAAGGAAGAAGAAGAGCUGAAGAAAGAAUUUACUGAGAAGGAAGCUAAACUGCAUUCCGAAAUAAAAGAAAAAGAGAUAGGAAUGAAGAAGCAUGAAGAAAAUGAAGCUAAACUUACCAUGCAGAUUACAGCGUUAAAUGAAAACUUGGGCACCGUAAAGAAGGAGUGGCAGUCCAGUCAACGCAGAGUCAGCGAGCUUGAGAAACAGACGGAUGACCUACGGGGUGAAAUUGCAGUAUUAGAAGCCACAGUUCAGAAUAAUCAGGAUGAAAGAAGAGCACUACUAGAAAGAUGUCUUAAAGGAGAAGGUGAAAUAGAAAAACUUCAAACCAAAGUACUAGAAUUGCAAAGAAAGCUGGAUAAUACAACUGCAGCGGUGCAGGAGCUGGGCAGAGAAAAUCAGUCCCUUCAGAUCAAACACACACAAGCAUUGAAUAGGAAGUGGGCUGAAGACAAUGAAGUACAAAACUGUAUGGCCUGUGGGAAAGGCUUUUCAGUAACAGUGAGACGGCAUCACUGCAGACAAUGUGGAAAUAUCUUCUGUGCCGAGUGUUCAGCCAAAAAUGCCUUAACUCCUUCUUCCAAGAAGCCUGUCCGUGUCUGUGAUGCGUGUUUCAAUGACUUGCAAGGAUAAUGGGUUAUCACAACUUCAGAAUAGUACCAUGCUAGCAUUAGAUUUUUAAUAAAUGCACUUAAUAGAGGUCUUGGACUACUAUUUGACUUGGACAGUGGUUGCAAUAUUAGACCAAAUUAGACUUCAUAUAUUUUGGAAUGUUAUCAAUAUCAAGUAAAACUCUUCUAUUUUUGUGAGACUUGGGCUCAUCUUUCAUUACUUUUUUCCAUUUAACCCCUGGAACAGCUUUCAUGCCAAGUUUAGAAUUAGCCAAUGAAAUGUAAAUAAACUUUGGACAGAAAAUAGCAAUGUAUUUUUUUAAAUAUAAUUUCAAUGUUCACAAAUGACAUGAAUAUAUACUUCCGUAGCGUACUUCUUUAUCCCAAAUUUAGUAUACAAACAUGUACAUGGGUGAUGUUAUCACAUCAUAUAUGUUGCACAAUAGCACAUUAUAUUAUUAUUAUAUUAAAUAUUCUCUUUGUGAAGUCAUGCACAGAUCUAUAAAACUUUCUUUUUUUCUUAUAUAUAGGUCCACAGCUCAGUUGCAUUGUUAUGUUAUAAAUUUACUACUCAAGUGUUCUAAAUACAGUUUAUGUUGAAAUAUGUACUAACCAUGAAUUUGAACAUGGUUUUUGUUUUAACAAUAUUGUAUUGAUUAAAUUCUCUUGGGUAGAUUUUAUGAAAACCUCUGUAAAAUCAGUUUGCUUACUUUAUGGUUAUCCUGGGGUUGUAUUUUAAAGAUUAGGGUCAAUUUUUCUUUGUCUUUUUCUAUCUCAUUUUUAAGAUCUCACAUAUUGUUAAUUAAGAAUUCUAUAAAACUACCCACCCUCACCCUCCAGUUGGAGGAUGAAUAAUAGAAAUUCUAUAAUGGUUCUAUUGUCGGUUUCUUGGAAGUAGGAAGGUUUCGGAGGUCAGCCUUUAUAUUAUACCCUCAUAUUGUCUCUCCAGCAUUUUUGAGAAUCUGAGUUUGCUUUUUUAAUGGAUCUAUUCGUCCCUUUUUUUGGUUUAAGCUUUCCAACCAUAGCUCAGCUUCACUGUAAUAGUUUUAUAAUUUUGCAUCUUAAAGCCAGUAACUGAUAGCGGUCUAGUCUUAUCUGUGAAAACGAAUACACAUGGUAAGGAGACAUUACAUAUUCUACUUUACAUCUUCUUACCUAAUAGGGAAACAUUUUUGAAAGUUGUGAAUUUGACUUCAAUUUAAAAUGGUUAUGAAUUUGGGGUUCCAUAUUAACUGGUAAGUCUUUUUACUUUGCAAAAAUACUGUUGUGAAAUUGCUUUGAAGUAAGGGGUGGAAAAUAGAAGAUCACCAAAAACAAAUAUUUUUUAGAAUCCCAAAGUUAUCAUCAGAACUGAAACAGAAUGGCCAAUUAAGGAUAAUUAAAAGUUAGCUUAUUUGUAUCCUGAACAAUGGAAUUGAACUUUAAUUUAUCAUUGUCUUAUUAAUUUGGCAAAUUGGGAAACAUCUGUAGAGAGGUCAUUAAUAUUGGUUUUCUAGAGAAAAAUAUAAAGUUACACAUUUGUGCAAUGUAACCAUCUGGUGAGAAUAAGGAAGAAUGGGAGUUAAUAUUUGCAAUAGUUUAUAAUAUACACUUGCUUUCAGAUAUCAUGCUGAAAUAAAGUUAUGUUUCUGCUUUACCUGUAACACAUAUAAAUGAAGAGAUUGUGAUAUUUAAUUAUUUUUAAAAACUCAUUUAAGUAAAUCCUGCUGUCAGUAGCUAUUAAGGACUUGACUGUGUCCCUAGAUUUGCACAGACACACACCCUUGAGCACACAUAAGGAAGAAAUAGAAACUGAGCUAAAAUUGUUUAUGCAUUUUCAUAUACUUGUAAAGCCUUUCAAAUAGUCUCCAUUCUACACUUUUACAUAUAAGGAACUUAAUAUGAAACUUAGAAACUUUCUAUGUUGGAAAAACAGAUAUCCACAGCGCCUUUUUUUUUUUAAGAUAGUAAAACUCCAUGAGGAUUCUAGAUUAGAGUAUUUGUUCACUUCAUCUCCUAAUCGGGUGCACUGAAUGCCUUUUUCCCAUCUUGCCCACCCACCCACAUAUUCACAAAAAAAUUCUCAGGAGGACAACAAAUAAAAUCGUAUGUGUUAGAGUAAUCACUGGUUUUCAUGUAACUAAAUCUCAUUUCAUAGAUCCUGAAUAAUUUACCAUAUUUACCAUAGGCUACUCGUGCUAUCGGAAAUGAACCUUUUUUUUUUUUUUUUUUUUGCUUAUUAACUCUCACUAAUUUAACAUGUUUCGGUAACAAAUAGGGUUUUCUUUUUAAUUAAAAAGUCAUCUUCUGAGUUCUUACUGGCUCUACAUUUUAGAUGUUUGCUGGUACUAUUUAUCAGAGAGUUAGAGGUCACGCAUCCCAACUGUUGGCUCUAAUGCAAAGCCCAUUGGCAUCACGUGUUAAUAGAGUCCAAACCCCAGCAUAGAAAUGUGAAUUAAAAUCAGGUUUUGCUGGGUUAGAGUACAAUAAACUAUACCUACAGAUUUUUUUUAAUAGGAAGAAGACAGAGCUGCUGGCAUAGGAUUAGUUCAUUUUGAAGAAAAGUGAGGGAAACACGAAGACCUCAAUGCAGUGUACAAAUAACAUUUUGUUCAACUACCUCUUAAUGUGGAAUUAGCUAGUUUGAUAGUCUCCUCACAGUAAUGUUAAAUAGUAACUGCCAAAUUUGUUAGUUUCCCAUCUCUCUUAGAAAGGCUUUAAGAUUAUUUUCUAGUUUUGAGAACUUUGAAGCCACUUUUUUUUUUAACUUUGCAUUUGCAUAAAAAUGUUUAGCUUCUAAGUGGAGAGCAGAUUAUGAUCAUAUAUUUUGAUAUUCAUGACCUAUUUGACUAUAGCAAUUUUUUUUAAUGCACUUUGGCUGUAAAACCAUGGAUGAUUUGAUCCAUAAGAUUUAAAUGUGCCAUCAAUUUAGUAUUCCUAGACAUGAGCUUGAAGAACGGUGUUCUGUAAUUAUAAUGUGUCACACAUUAUCGUGUCUUAAUUGCCCUUUGCCUGAAUUUUAAUGAUCAAUUUGUUAUGGUUGCAGAUGUGAAUAUUGUGCAUAAACUUACUAAAUUUAUGUAAAAUUGUAUAAAAUAGAAUUGGAAAUAGCUAAGUUC